AUGAAUUAUGAUUCACUUAAAAAAAUUAUUUUAUCGAGGGCUGAAACGGCAGAGGAAAAAUUUAAAAUAUUGGAUGCUCGAGAUAAACUUUUUAAAUUAAUGCAAGUUAAAGAUCCAUUGUUAAAAAGAGAAGCACUCUGUGCUACAUGUCCAGAUAUGUGUCCUGAAAAAGAAAGACUUUUGAGAGAAUAUCAAAACAGAGGAUCUAUUUUCGAAAUGACUAAUUUUUCAAAGAUUUAUGGUUUUAAUCAUAGUUUGGCCGUGAAAGAAUAUGCUAGGAGUUCUGCCGAUCAGGAAGAACCAUUACCUCAUGAUUUAAGACCAGUUCAUGUAUUAACCAUGACAAUGAAUCAUUUACUUCAUAAUGUUGCAGAUUUUUGCGAAUUAUCCGAUGACAAUUUGGAAGAGUGGUAUAUGUUCAUGUGGGACAGAACUCGAGCAUUACGAAAAGAACUUACUCAACAAGCAGUUUGUUGUAAAGAAAGUUUAUCUUUAAUUGAACAGUGUGCAAGAUUUCACAUACAUUGUGCCGAACGUUUAGUCGAUCAAGAUAGUUCAAUAUAUGAUGAUAAAAUAAAUACAGAAAAUUUAACAAAAUGUUUGCAAACGUUAAAAUCAAUGUAUAAAGAUUUAGCUAAAGAGGAUGUUAAUUGUCCAAAUGAAGCUGAAUUCGUCUGCUACACUUUGUUAUUAAAUUUAAAUAACUCAUCGUUUUUUACAGAACUUAGUGACAUGAGUGAAUCCAUAAUGGCUUCAGAUGAGGUUAAGUUUGCUCUUGAUGUUAUGGUCGCAUGGGAAACAAAAAAUUAUAUAAGAUUUUUCAACUUGGUAAAAAAAACAACUUAUUUAAACUGUUGUAUUCUUAGAAGAUAUUUUGGCGAAAUGAGAUUGUACGCCAUUAAAACAAUGAUAAGAUCUUAUUGUACAAAAAAUACAUCACCUUUGAUAGAAUUAUCUCGUUUUGUUAUAAAUCUUAAUUUCGAAGGAGAAGAAGAAUGUAUAGAAUUUUUAUCUCAUUGUAAUUUUGAUUUUCGUGAAAAUGAUGGCGUGAAUGCUGUUAAUUUUAACAGGUUACACUUUCAAAAUCCUUCGACGUUACUAAAUACGGGAAGAGCUCACAUAUUUAUUGGAGAAAAAAAAAAAAUUCCCCUUUCAGCCUUACUGGCUGGUGGUACAUUACCUCCAAAACUCUUUGAAAAUUAUGUACCGGUAAAUAGUUUUACCGAAAAUGGUGAACUAAAAGACGUUUCCAUGUUAAAAUUAGAUUCGGAUGAUGAAAUUUUAAACGUACCUGAAUCAGAUGAUCAAACAGAUCGUAGUGUAGAUUUAGAAACAAGAAAAGAAAAUUAUUUACAACCUAUUUCUACGGAUAUUUUUAAUAAAGGAAAAUCCAGGGAAUUUUCAUUCAAUUCAGGUUUAGAAACGAAGAGAGAAAAUGAAUUCGUUUAUUCCAAUAAUCCAUUGGUGACGUCUAAUCAAUCAUCCACGUUUUCCUUCGGUAGUUUUACGUUAAACAAACAUCCGGAAGCUUCGAAUACGUUUAAAGAAAUUUUUCAAAAUAAAACAAAAACCGGAAGUAAAAUUUUUGAUAAUUCCGUAACAUCGACAAAUAACAUUUUAAACGCUGAAUGGUCUCAACAACAAAAUAAUUCACGCGGUUUUUUCGGUUCAGAAAAGAAUAAUCUACCGUUAUUUAAGGCACCGAGUAUAUUUAACAAAGGAAACAUGGCUGAAAAAGAUGUCGGAUCUUACUCGGCCAUUUUCGAAAGUUCAAAUAAUUAUGGGAUAAACAAAAAUUCGGUCGUCGGUUCCGGUUUUCAGUUUAAAAUUGACUCGUCGCCGUUAAAAAAAGAAUUUAACAACGAUAAUUUAAUAAUAAAUAAUAAUUUAUUCGACGUGAAUAAAGAAAAAACUGAAAAUUAUACAAAUGAAGAAAUGAAUAGAAAAAGAAAAAGAAAUCAACAAAAUGAAAAGGAGGAAAAAGAAGAGGGAGAAGGAGAGGGAGACAAAAAAAUAAUAAUUAUUGAAAAAAAUAUUUUAUUCGAAGAAAAACGUAAAAAAGAAUUGGAAGAAAAUGAAAAGAGAGAAAGGAUGAAAAAACAAGAAGAAGAAGAAGAAGAAGACAUGAGAAUUGAAAUGGAAAAGAAGAAAAGAAAAGAAGAAGAAGAAAAAGAAAGGAAAAGGAAACAAAUGGAAAAUGAAGAGAGAUUGAAAGAGUUGGAAAAAAUUAAAAUCAAAGAGGAAAUGGAAUACAGGCAAAAGGUUAAUGACAAACUAAAAAAACUAAAAGAAAAUUGGCUCAAAUGGAAAACGAAAAUAAUAUUCAAUAAAUGGCGAAUAAAAACGUGGGAUAAUAUAGAAGAGAGAAAAAUGAUAAAAUAUUUCAAAGAAACGAAAUUAAGGUAUCCUCCGGUUUGUUCGGAAGAAUUACUCAACGGUAACCCGUACGGAUUAGUCAUUCCUAACACGUUAAUAUUUGAAAAAUUUAAAAACUGGAGAAAAGAUUUAAUGACUCAAAUUCCCAAAUCGAAUAAAUUACUCAUUUUAAAUGAUAAUUUACCGUUAAUUAAAGUAAAUAGAAUCGUCGAGAAAAUAUUAGAAAAUCGUGCGAAAAGCGAAAAUUGCAAAAGGGAUCCAUUUUUGUGGAAAUUAAUCAUUUCCGUACCUGACGAACUGGAAUGUCCGGAACAUUGGAAAUCGAUUGAAACUUUUGUCGAAAUGCAUUUUGUUAAAAAAUUUCAAUGGGAUUUUGGAAAAGAAAAUGGACCGUUAUAUUGUCAAAAUGGCGCCCGUAAAUCAUUUAAAUAUUUUAUAAGUAUAAGAAAAUUACGUGGGAGUAAAUUGUACGAGGGUUCUCAUCAAUCUAAUUCCACGGCUAUCGAAGGAUGUUGCGCCGUUAUUUACUUCACGACGAAAAUGGAAAAUUGUAAUAGCGGUAAAAAAAUGGAACGAUUAAAAGCGAUUUUAAAAUCUAAACCAUCGAAUCCGAAAGUUCCCGUGAUUGUGUACGCACUAACUGAUAAACCGGAAGAUGAAAACGAAAUUAAAAAAACUUUCAACGCGGAGGAGCCUUUGUUGGAAUCUCACGUGUCAGAAUGUCACGUGAUAUCCGUAGUUAACGGAAAACAUCACAUGGUACAAAAAUUAAUCGAAUGCCUUAAAUUAGCGGCUGAAAAAACGGCCGUGCCUUAUUUAUUAAAUAUAUCAAACCUGUCGGAAUUUUUCACCGAAACACGAAUCGAUUCAAUAUGGCGAAGAAUCGGUAUCGGUUUGAGUAAUUUUAAACUUGUUUUGGACGAGCCCAAAGUAUUAAUAGAAUUUUAUAAUUCUUGCAUUGACGAAUUAAUUAACGUGUUUUUAACGGAUGUGACGAGGGAAGAAUUUUCAAUCGUCGAAGAAUUUCUAGAAAUUCCAAAAUUGGUUCGUCCGAAAAAAACUUUGGCGUACGAGGAAAAAUUAAAAGAAAAUUUAAAUAAAAUGAAAUUGCCACGAUGGCCGAUUGAAACGCCCAAAAGUUGUCAUCAGUUAAAUUAUAGAAUUCAUCAGUAUUGUAAAAAUAUUGUAAAUAAUGAUAGAUUGUACAAUAUAAUACGACGAUUCCUUUUGUGGAAAGGUUUAGAUAUAUAUUGCGACGAAGACAUAAACGAAAUUCUUAUUAAUUUUCCAUGGAUUCAAAUGUUUCAGGAAUUGACAAGAGUCAAAGCCGAACAGUUAAAAGAAGAUUUAAUAAAAAAUAAUAGUAAAGAAUCUGUUGUCGUGUACGACGAAGAAAAAAUCGUUAAAAUUAGUUUCGAACCGAGUUUCGUUAGUAAAAUAAUAAAAAAAUGCAGUAGAGGCGGUGAAUCGGAAGAAUCGGAUUCGAUGAGUCCACGUUUGGAAAACGACAGCAUCGUGUACGCAUAUUCCGCAGCAUUAGAUAGAAAAAAUAAGAAAAGAAAAAGAGACGAUUAUUUGGAAGAAAGUUUAAACGCAUUAUUUUCCACUCCCGCAAACAAACGUUUGAUUACGGAAGAAGAGGAAGAAGAAGAAGAAGAAUCACAAAAUUCUAAUCCCACGUUAGAAUUGAUUCAAAUUGAAAAUAAUUUGCGAAGUUUAAACGAAAGAUUGGAUAAAAUAAAAAAAAAAUAUUUGGAAAACGAAUCCUUUAUUACAAAAGUUAUUUUCACAUUAAUUUUUUAUCCAUUUUGUAUCAAAAUGUGA